CGCGGUUCUACCGGGAGCUGCUCGGCAUGAGCGCGCUGCGCCACGAGGAGUUCGCCCAGGGCUGCAAGGCGGCCUGCAACGGCCCGUACGAUGGGAAGUGGAGUAAAACGAUGGUGGGCUACGGACCCGAAGACGAUCACUUUGUCAUAGAGCUGACCUACAACUACGGAGUCGGGGAGUAUCGCCUUGGCAACGACUUUCUGGGCAUCACACUUGUGUCCAGCCAGGCUGUGAGCAAUGCCAGGAACAUGGGGUGGCCGAUCAAGGAAGUUGCAAAGGGCAUGUUUGAAACUGAAGCCCCGGGAGGAUACAAGUUCUACCUAGAAGACAAAGAGCAACCAAAGCAAGAUCCUGUGCUGAAAGUAGCUUUGGCUGUCUCUGAUCUGCAGAAAUCUGUUAACUAUUGGUCGAAUCUGCUGGGAAUGAAGAUAUAUGAGAAGGACGAGGAAAAUCAAAGGGCUUUACUGGGCUAUGGAGAUAACCAGUGCAAGUUGGAGCUGCAAGGCAUCGGAGGUGCAGUGGAUCAUGGCACAGCUUUCGGGCGGAUCGCCUUCUCCUGUCCAAAGGAUGAGUUACCGCACAUCGAAGCACUGAUGAAGAAGCAGGAGCAGAAGAUUCUAACACCCCUGGUUAGCUUGGACACCCCUGGAAAAGCAACUGUUCAAGUGGUUAUCCUGGCUGAUCCAGAUGGGCACGAAAUCUGCUUUGUAGGAGAUGAAGCAUUUCGAGAGCUUUCCAAGGUGGAUCCAGAGGGCAACAAGCUGUUAGAUGACGCUAUGGCAGCGGACAAAAGCGAUGAGUGGUUUGCUAAGCACAACAUGCAGAAGGCUUCUGCUUAGUGCCUGCAUGAGAGAGAGAAAGGAUCGCCUGGUAAUGCACGCCUUGAUUUCAGUACAAGCUAGAUGCCUGGAAGAUGUGAUAUGUGUGAUUGGAUGUCAUGUCCUCCCCCUCAGUGAGAGAUGGUACAAUGCCUUGUGAUUUGAAUGACUUCCAUGUCUUAGUGCAACCUAAAAGACAGCUCUCCUUUGGGGUAAAUGGCACCUACUGCUUCAUUGGGAAAGCUUCAGCUGAGUGUAAUAGGUAGGUGUAGCAUGUGGUGUUGUGACUUGGGAGUCUGGAGUUCAUGGUUGGAAAUCUCUUGUGUUCUGCUUUUCCUGCUGAACUUGAGAAAAGCCCCAAGCUUAGCUGGCUACUCCUUUCCAGAGUGCGAGUGUGUGUCGACAGCAGUAGAUUAGGAGUGAGGAGUAGCUCAGUUUUGUGGCUACCUUGUCAAAUGAGACCAGAACUGAAUUGCUACACAACCUAAAAUAGAAAAUACAGUACUAGCAAGCAGCAGGAAAUGAAACAGCAUUAACUAACCGAGGUCAGUUCAGCAUGUCUGUUCAAAGCAAAAACAAUGAAGACUGGUUUAGAUUGGGGCAAGAGGAGUUAUUUGUAGGCGAAUGUUUAGAUUUUCCUUUUCAAGCAAGACAUGGCUAAAGCGAAAGGAAAGCUGUGGAGCUGAUGGCUGAUGCUUGCUCUGUGCAGAUAAGAUGGACUGGACAACUCCAGAGGUGCUGGGAGCACUUGCUUUCCUGGAGGGUGGGCAAGUAGUUAAUGCAGCAGUCCACUCUCUAGCAUGUGCUUGAGUGCUGCCGCUGUGUCUGCUGCAUGUUAAGAAGGGAACUGCUUUGGGAUUGCUUGGUGGGGAAUGUUGCGUGCACUUUGCCUUGGCCGUGCAGAGGAUCUUACUGCUACACGGGGAAGUCAGCUUGCCUUAAGUCUAAGAAUCCCUGCCUGUCUUAGCAGAGCUGUCACUGUGCUACAGCUGCGCUGCUGCUUUCCUGUGGUCCAUCUGCUCCUGAAUCAAAGUGACUUUAUACUGGGAAACUUGCCUAGAGCCUCAUGUGAAGCGUUUGUUUUGGAGGUCUUAUUUGACUGGGUCCACAUGAAGCUCAGCUGUGUUUUGCUUCUCACAAGGGAACACAAACACUGCACAUUCCAAGUAGGAAUGGUCUGUUGAGUGGGGGCGACCUAGCAAAGUAGAACAAGUCAGAACUUGCUUUAAAGGUGGGAAAACUGGCCUGGAAAAUGAACGGCUGCCUAGAAAUUAGCUUUGUUUAACUACCUUGAGAACUACCUGCUGUUAAAAGAGCUUUGUUAGCUGGGAGAAUCGACUUAAACCUCUGCUUCUGCUGUGGGAACGGUAUGUACUGAAUCUUGAAUGUACCCAAUAAAUAGCAACAGUGUA